AUGCGCCCACCGUUGGCAGUAUUUGGAGCGCUGCGGCGCACACUUCCAGCUUUCAAUGCUGCCGAGACAUUCGUGUGUCGCAAGAGCGUACACAACAAGGCACAGACUGGAGACAAGUCUGUUCGGCAGACUCCAUUCUUGAGUGCCUUCCGUUCUCGUGCUGCUCCGGCAAGACAGCAAUCGACAACCGCUCCUUCCACGUCCCCGUUAUCCGAGCUCAGCAAGACAAUUGGUCAAACUUCUGGUCCCGCCAAAACCACAAUUGGUCAAACUUCCGCCCCAGCAAGAAAGAGCUCGUUCCCUGAAACCUCAGACAAGAAGGUUGGCUACUGGUUACUUGCCAGUUCUGCGAGUGUCUUUGGUAUUGUCAUCUUUGGUGGCCUCACCAGAUUGACCGAAUCUGGACUGAGUAUCACCGAAUGGCGCCCCGUCACUGGUUCCCUCCCUCCCAUGAACGCUGAGAAGUGGGAUUCCGAAUUCGCCCUCUACCGUGCCUCACCCGAGUUCAAGCUUCUCAACCCUCGUAUGACAUUGGAAGAGUUCAAACAAAUCUACUGGAUGGAAUGGAUUCACAGACUGUGGGGUCGUUUCAUUGGAAUCACCUUCCUGCUGCCUACCGCCUACUUCAUCGCCCGUCGCCGCGUGUCUGCUGGUAUGGCUCUCAAGCUUACCGGUAUCUGCGGUUUGAUCGGAUUCCAGGGUGUCAUUGGCUGGUGGAUGGUCGCAAGUGGUCUCAAGGAUGAUCUGUUCGCUCCUGGUAGCCACCCUCGUGUCAGUCAGUACCGUCUCACUGCCCACCUGGGUACUGCCUUCAUCUGCUACCUCGCCAUGUUCUGGAACGCCUUGUCCAUCUUCCGCGAGAACCGCCUUCUGGCCAACCCACAAGAGUCUUCCAAGCUGCUCAAGCAGAUGAUGGUGCCCGAGCUCAAGUUCUUCCGCCGCAGUGUUGGUGCUCUUCUUGCCCUGGUCUUUGUUACCGCCAUGUCUGGAGGUCUUGUCGCUGGUCUGGAUGCUGGUCUCAUCUACAACGAGUUCCCUUACAUGGGUCUUGGUUUGACACCACCCAAGAAAGAGUUGUUCGAUACCUUCUACAGCCACGUUCCUGAUCACUCUGAUCUCUGGUGGCGCAACGUUCUUGAGAACCCUUCUCUCGUCCAGCUUGACCACCGUAUCCUGGCAACCACCACAUUCACCGCCGUCAUGGCUCUGUGGGCCUAUACUCGCUUCAACCCUCGCGUUCGUGCUUUCAUCACUCCUGGCGCAAAGAAGGGCAUGCGCGGUGUCGUCCAUCUCGUCUGGCUGCAGGUCGCCCUCGGCAUCUCCACUCUGCUCUACAUGGUCCCUACUCCCUUAGCUUCUGCCCACCAGGCAGGUGCUUUGGCAUUGUUGACCGGAACCAUUGCCCUUGGAAGCCGUGUCUGGUUCCCCAAGCGUGCUGCCAAGCUUGUAGCUCAACGACUUGCUGCAGGUGUUCCUCGCUCUUCAGCCAUUGGUAAAAGAGGACCUGACGCUAUGCUUGCUGCCCGUACAGGUCUGCCAAGUCGCUCGUAG